CAAUUAUGGACGAAUCAAAACAAAGCUCAAUUAUAACUCAUCGUAGCCAACCCCUCUACCCAUCGCCAAAUAAACUAACGCACGCCAUGUUACUUGUGUCUCUUCCCCUCCUUUGGCUUCAUCCGGAAAUGCUGUGCUGUUUCUUUUGGUUUCAUCGAGGCCUUUAAGUUUCCCUCUCCGCACGGAGGAAAGGGGCGAGCUCGCUCGGCCUGAGUGCCUUGAUUUGUGCUUUCCCCCGGAGUCGACAGCGAAGCAUAUGGCACUGGAAGCGGUGGUGUUCUCCCGAGACCUCCAUGGCUGCACCAUGAAGGAGCGGUACAACGUGGGCGGCGCAGCAUGGUGCCGUGCCUUCGCUGAGCAGAAGGGAAUGGAAUCAGAAUGUGAGGUCGGUAGUGGAAAGCAUGGGAGUUUGGACGCCCCUUGCACCUCCCUGACGCCAAAGACCGAUGCCCGCGGUGCAAACACGCCUCCGCCGGGGACUGCUGCAAAAGACGGUACUGAUGGCACCGCCGGCCACGAGGCGCCCGCCGGGCGGAGGAAGCGCAGGCGCACCAAGACAUUCAAGAACCAGGAAGAGGUGGAGAACCAGAGAAUGACCCACAUCGCCGUCGAGCGCAACCGGCGGAAGCAGAUGAACGAGUACCUCGGGGCGCUCCGGUGUCUCAUGCCGGCCUCCUACGUUCAAAGGGGUGAUCAAGCAUCGAUCAUCGGAGGGGCGAUAAACUUCGUCAAAGAGCUCGAACAAUUAGUUCAAUCCCUCGAGGCCAGGAAGCGAAUCGAGCAAACCGCGGACGCAGCUCCUUUUGCCGACUUCUUCACCUUCCCUCAGUACUCCACCACCGCCUCCCGGGGAGCAAACAACGGCCCCGCCGGCGAAGAGGCGCAGGAGAACCGGCCGGCUCUGGCCGACAUCGAGGUGACCAUGGUGGAGACCCACGCCAAUCUGAAGGUCCUCUCCAGGCGGCGGCCGAAGCAAUUGCUGAAGAUGGUGGCGGGCCUGCACGACCUCCGGCUGACGAUUCUCCACCUCAACGUCACCACCGUCGCUGAAAUGGCCUUCUGCUCUUUCAGUCUGAAGGUGGAAGACGAUUGCCAACUGAGCUCAGUGGAUGACAUAGCAACCGCAGUCCAUGAACUAGUCGGCACGAUUCAAGAGGAAGCCGACCGUGACACCACCACCUUCUGAUCCUGAUCUGAUCACAAAUAUGUAGAUGUAUUAUCCAGCGUUCUUAUAUGCAACUUUUGAAUCUUAUUUUAGCUAAUGGAAAGGCUGUGAUCGCUGUUGGUAUCUGAA